UACGACCUCGAUGACCAGCCCCGCGCCGCAGUCGAGGAUGUAAAUGACUACCGCGAGGGAGGAUUCCACCCAGUCGUGAUAGGUGAUCUCCUUGGAGAAUGUGGGAGAUUCCGUGUGGUGGACAAGCUCGGCGACGGCGGGUGUGGCACUGUUUGGCUGUGCCGUGACCAGGCCGAAAACAAGUGGCGCGCCGUCAAGAUACUGUCGGCACACAUGUCACAUAACUGUCGCGACAUCAUUGCGCUUGACCACUUUACCUCGAUGGGCAUUGGACGCGAACAGCGCGAGGAAAACCAUGUUUUCCUCCCCCUGGACCACUUCUGGAUCAAGGGCCCCAACGGCGACCACCUCUGCCACGUCCUGCCCCUGCUCGGCCCGUCACUGCGGGUGCUGAUGGACACGUAUCGAGACAACGGGGCCCUUCUGAAAGACAUCAGCUUCCAGCUGGUCGAGGCCAUGGACUUUAUCCACAGCGCAGACAUCUGCCACGGCGACUUCCGCGCCGAGAAUAUUCUUCUCCGCCUCAGCGACGAGAUUGACGACAUGACCGAGGCGGACCUCCGCGAGAAACUAGGCAUGGGAGACCGCGAAACGACAGUUGAUGUAAUCGCUGAUUGCGACGAGGGCGACCGAGACCCGGGAGUCCCCGAUUAUCUCGUCGGCAAGGUUGAGGUGGACAUCAGUUCCGGUUUCUGCCUCCCCGAGGUCGCGGUGGUCGACUUCGGCAUGGCCUAUCACGCCGAGAACUGCCCCACCACACACACUGGCAUUCCGUUUCACUACGCCGCGCCGGAGGACAUGUUCCUGCAGGUCGAGCACGGAUUCGAGGCCGACAUCUGGACUCUCGCCUGCACCAUCUACGAAAUCCACACGGAAUAUCCACCCUUUACUGAAGAUGGGGAGGUAUCUGAGGCGGUGAGGAACAUGGAAACGGAAAUCGGUCCACUUCCUAGGCGCUACAGAGAGGCAUACCAGGAAUCGCUCGGCCCGCUUUCCAAAAACAAAGUCGACAUACCCGACGACUUGCCCGUCUCGAUUACCACACAAAACAUGGAGCGCACGAAGAAGGACAUGAUGGACGCAAAACAUACCGACCGCUUGCUCGUGGCGGGCAUGGUCGGCGAGGUACCCCUUCGCCGACUCAAACAAACCACGGACGCGACUGGAGGAGUCGAGGACUACACGGUGAGCGGCCGGAUACCGCCAUUCUACCCCUCGUAUCACGAGAUGUGCGAGACACACCACGACCCUCGAGAGCUCGUCUCGGCGCGGAUGAGCCUGUCAGCCGCCAACAAGCUCGCAGACUUUCUCAUGACAGUCUUCAAAUGGGAUCCACUGGAGCGGGCGUCGACAGGUGACCUCCUCAAUCACGAGUGGUUCGAG